CGGCAUGGGGAGCCCGGCGGCGGCGGCGGGCUGGGGCGCGGCUCCCGCCAAGCGCGCUCGGCGCGAAGGCUCUCCGGAGGGGCUCUGCGGCCCCUGUGACCCGCGGCUGUGGGACACGGAGCAGCUCUGCCAGCACCUCCAGCGCUGCGGCGUGGCCGAGCCCGGUCUCCUGCGCCGCUUCCGAGAGAGCGGAAUCACCGGGAGCAUGCUGCUGGACCUGCCGGCCUGCGCCCUCGAGGUCACCCGCGUCUGCCUCCCAGCUGAGAGACUGAAGGUGCUGGCUUGCCUGAAUGAACUGAGGCAGAAGGACAUGGAUGUCAUGAAGGUGUUUAACGACCCCAUCCACGGGCACAUUGAGAUGCAUCCCCUCCUGGUCCGCAUCAUCGACACGCCGCAGUUCCAACGCCUGCGCUACAUCAAGCAGCUGGGGGGCACUUACUUUGUGUUCCCGGGAGCCUCCCACAACCGCUUCGAGCAUUCCAUAGGGGUGGGCUACCUGGCCGGGUGCCUGGUUCGUGCGCUGAAGGAGAGGCAGCCGGAGCUGGAUAUAACCCAGCGAGACAUCCUCUGCGUGGAGAUCGCUGGGCUCUGCCACGACCUGGGUCAUGGGCCCUUUUCACACAUGUUUGAUGGAAGAUUCAUUCCACUCACCCGUCCAGAUCUGAAGUGGAAGCAUGAAAUGGCUUCUGUUGAAAUGUUUGAGCACCUGAUCACUUCCAACAAGCUGGAGGAAGUCAUGAAGUCCUAUGGGCUUGUCCUGGAAGAAGAUCUGAACUUCAUCAAGGAGCAGAUAGGAGGGCCUGUAGAUGAAACUGCUGCUGGGAAAUUGUGGCCCUACCGUGGUCGGCAGAAGGAGAAGAGCUUCCUGUACGAGAUAGUGGCCAACAAAACCAACGGCAUCGACGUUGACAAAUGGGAUUAUUUUGCCAGGGACUGUCACCACCUGGGGAUUCAGAACAACUUUGAUUACAAGCGGCUGCUGAAGUUCGUGCAGGUGUGUGAGGCAGGGAGCCAGAAGCACAUCUGUGCCCGGGACAAGGAGGCUGCCAACCUGUACGACAUGUUCCACACGCGUUACUGGCUGCACCGGCGAGCCUACCAGCACAAGACUGGCAACAUCAUUGAGAUCAUGAUUACAGAGGCCUUUCAGAAAGCAGAUAAAUACUUUAGAAUAGAAGGCUCUGGAGGCAAACUGUACCAGAUUUCUACAGCAAUGGAGGACAUGGAAGCCUACACUAAGCUAACAGACAACAUCUACCUGGAGAUCCUGCACUCGAGCCGGCCAGAGCUGGAGGAGGCGCGAGGGAUCCUGCGCAAGAUCGAGCGCCGGCAGCUCUACAGGUUCCUGGGGGAGACUCAGCCCGAGACAGCCGGGACAGUCCUGAAGAGUCACAGCCUGCUGGAGAGUUUUGCCAAUUCCAGGCCAGAAAAGAAUCCUCCAAGCGUGGAGCUGAAGGCUGAAGAUGUUAUAAUUGAUGUUAUCAAUAUGGAUUAUGGAAUGAAGGAGAAGAAUCCCAUUGACAAUGUCCUCUUCUACUGCAAGGCUGAUCCCUCCAAGGCAGUCACCAUCACUAAAGAACAGGUUUCCAAGCUCCUGCCCAUGACGUUUGCAGAGCAGGUGAUCCGGGUGUACUGCAAAAGCCAGGAUCCAGAUACUGUUGCAGCUGCCAAACAGUAUUUAAUUCAGUGGUGCAUAAAGAAUGAUUUCACUAAACCACAGGAUGGAGAUGUGGUUGCUCCUCACCUAACCCCAAUGAAGGAAAGCUGGAAUAACAGGAGGAAUGAUGGACACAGGACAGCUUCAACUCCCAACUGCAAACACAGGCUUACUUUUGACAAGUAGUGCUGCUGCUGGCACUGCUGAGUCUGCUGCUGCAGAGCAUCCCCCUGGGCAGCCAGCAGGGCAGACUGAGAGAGCUUACGGGGCAAUGCAGAAGUGCAUCUUCUGGGACAGUUUUCAUGUAGACAAAGUGCAAGCUGCAGGUGGAUUGUUAAGAGCUAACAAUCUGCUGCAGCAGAGCAGACCCAACCCUCAGCUGUUCCUGAAUGUAUUGGCACUGUGGAGCAAGAGCAGCUUCAAACACUGCAGUUCACUGUUCUUCUGUCCUUCCCUGAUCCUCAGGGCUUACUGCUGUGCCUGUGGACUUUCCUCUCUCCCUUGAAGAACUGUGAGGGUUCUUACAUUUUCCCUUCCUGGCAACACUGAAGUGAGUGUUGCUAAAUGUCUCAGUCCACUCCAGACAGUGAAUGAGGAAGAGCUUCUCCCCCUCAUUUGCUCAGAUCUAGGAGGAAGAUGCUUUCAUUAACUCAAACCUCAGCGUUCAAAAAAGUCAACCCUUGGAAGCAGAAAUGCAAAGCAGAAGGUUCAGGAGUGCCCAGAGGUUGGAAGGAGCCUUGGAGUUUGAGGUGUGAAAUGGGCAGGAAAAGCUGAGGGCUCAGAGCUGACAGCCAGGCCUGGGCAGCUGAGAAGUCACUCUUUGUGUUGGAGCCUCUUUGCUCUGCCAGUGGAAGUGGUGGCCCUGAGGCAGAGGGAAGGAGAAGACACAGCUGAGCUACCUCAGAGGCCCUUCUGCACUCUGCUGCUUUCAUACCCACCUCUGAUGGAGUGCCUGCAGGGGAUCUGCCACCUCUGCUGUUCUCAUCAGCAGUGUCACACCUGCAGAGGACUGUCAGAAGGGGCUGUGACCUCUCCAGAACCUUCUAAAUAUACUUCACAAAACAGCAUCGUGGACUGAAGACAUCUCCCUGCCUUGGCUGCACAACUCAGGGCUUGUUCCAGAUGGUGCUGCUCUGCUCCUGGAGCUGGGCUCUGUUCUGGGUCUCUGCUGAAGGUGCACUUUAUGCAUUUGCUUAUGUUCAAGCAAAAGUUUGUACUGAAGUUCAGAGGUGGAGCAUUUGCUUCUCUCAGACAUGUUAACCUGAGCCUCCCUUGGCAGAAUAAAUUCCCAAGCAGUGAUUUUACAAUUUC